UGAUUUACUAUAAAAGUUGUCGAUCGGACACAGAAAAGUAUCAUUCGCAGAUCCAGUUCACUUCUGUAAAGAACUACCAAUCAGCACUCCCAGCAACAUGGCCUUCAAGUUCGUCUUCGCCCUCGCCUUCGUCGCCGUGGCCAGCGCCGGUUAUGCCCCCAUCGCCGCCCCACAGGUGUACCAUGCCACCCCAGCGGUGGCCACUUACGCCCACUCCCCCGUGGCCGUCGCCCAGAAAGUCGUGGUCAAGGCCGCUGAGGAGUACGACCCCCAUCCCCAGUACCGCUUCUCCUACGGAGUCGAUGACAAGCUGACCGGUGACAACAAGGGACAGGUGGAGGAGCGCGAUGGAGAUGUGGUCCGCGGCGAGUACUCCCUGAUCGACGCCGACGGCUACAAGAGGACCGUCCAGUACACCGCCGACCCCAUCAACGGAUUCAACGCCGUCGUGAACCGUGAGCCCCUGGUCAAGGCCAUCGCCGUUGCCCCAGUUGUGAAGACCGUCGCCGCUCCCGUUGCCCACUACGCCGCCCCUGCUGUCGCCCACUACGCUGCUCCCGCUGUGGUCAAGACCGUGGCUCCAGUUGCUCACUACGCUGCUCCCGCUGUGGUCAAGACCGUGGCUCCAGUUGCCCACUACGCUGCUCCCGCCGUGGUCAAGACUGUUGCCCCAGUGGCUCACUAUGCUGCCCCCGCUGCGUAUGCCACCUAUGCUGCUCCCACCCACUACGCUGCUCCCACCCACUAUGCCGCCCCCGCUGCCACCUACACCUCGUACUCGGCUCCCGCCGUCGCCUACCACCAAAUGCAUCGGCGGUUCAAUUAUUAUUCAAAGCACGCACUCCACAGAAGGAGGACACAGUCUCGCUUCUUUCGCUCUGCAAUUUGCCAACCAACCUCAAACACUCGCCAAAUGGCUUUCAAGCUCGUUGCUCUGGUUUCCUGCUGCCUGGCAGCCGUGUCCGCUGGACUUAUCCCUGUGGAGCAGCACGAGCAGCAUCCCCAGCUGUACCAGGCCCACCAGCCCCAGCAUGUGAUCUACCAAAAGCAGCACGAGAUCCACCCCCACGGCCACGAGGUCUAUCCCGAUGACCCUCAUCCCAAGUACAACUUCGCCUACGAUGUGCAGGAUGCGCUCUCCGGGGACUCGAAGAGCCAGGUGGAGUCCAGGGAUGGGGAUGUGGUGCAGGGAGAGUACUCCCUGGAUGAUGCCGAUGGCUUCCGUCGCACUGUAAAGUACACCGCCGAUUCCGUCAAUGGAUUUAAUGCCGUUGUCCACCGCGAGCCCCUGGCCCAUGUGCACCACAAGGUGGUGGCUGCUGCUCCUGUUCAGUACCACCACGCCCCUGCCGCACCAGCUGCCGUCAUCAAGAGCUAUGCCUCCCCCUCCCAGGCCUAUGUCGCUCCCACCUACGCAGCCCCUGCCUACACCGCCCCCGCCUACACCACCCACCAGGCUGAGCAGCCACAGGAGCAGGAGCACCAGCAGCACCACUACGCCAGCUACGAGUCACCCGCCCACUCCCAGGCCGCCCACGAAGGUCAUGAGUACUACCACCACCAGUAAGGGGUUUCCAGCCACAGAUCACCUGACAAGCGAAAGUAUUAUUAUCGUGCAUCCCAUUAU